CAAAUUCAACGAUUAUGCUUAACAUUUACGCGUUAUUCGUAAAUAACGAUCCACCUUCUUCCCAAAUUUCAAAUGUUGAUGAUUUAAAAUUCGUGAAUAAUGUUUUCUCUUUAUUCACAAAUUCAAUGUUAUUAAUGAAUAAUGUUUCCACGUUAUUCUCAAAUUCAAAUUCAAAGUUAAUGAAUAAUGUUUCCACGUUAUUCUCGAAUAAUAUUCUUCUUAAAAAUUCAGAUAUCUUUAUAAUCUUAUUUGUAGUCUAUAUCUUUCGUUUCUAUUUUAUUUACUUUACCCGUCCGAACCCUAUCCCUGGUCCAUUACCAUUACCAAUUGUUGGAAACUUAUUCCAAAUAGGUUUUUGUUUACUUACAUCGGUUAAAAAAUUUCAAUCGAAAUAUGGUGACAUCUUUGAACUUUACAUGUUUUCUGAACGUAAUAUUUGGUUAUGUAAUCCUUCAUUAGUUGAAAACCUCUUUACAAAUUCUACAAAAACAAGUUUUUUUUGUAGAGCUUUAUCUACUAAUGGAUUUAAAGAAUUAGGAAUGGAUAAAGUUGGAAUUGUUUUUAAUAGAGAUUUCGAAAGUUGGAAGUAUAAUCAAGUUGAAGGUUAUUGGAAAGAUUUAAACUUUGAAAAUAAUAAGUCCAAAGAAAUUGAUGAAUUUGUGAUUGAUUUUAGUCAAUGGAUGAGGAGAUUUAUAACUGAUCUCGCUUUAAAUAUGAAUUUUGGUGAUCACGCAUUUAGCAUGGCUGGUUAUCACAAUUUUCUUUGCAAAAAUAAAAAACAUCAAACUUUUGAAAUUAUUGAAUCUGAAAAAUUCAUUAAUAGUCUCGUGACCUGGGUAAAACAUAUGAUAUUCAUGACGUUUUGUCCUUCGAAUUUCAUUCGUCAUUACAUCCCUCCAUUAUCUCUUUUUCAACUAAGAUUCCAAUCAAAUUAUAAUUGGUUAACCAAUGAAUUUUCUAGAAUCAUUCAAAAACGUACGCAAGAAAUUGAAAAUGUGCCGUUGGAUAAACUCAAUACACACGACGUUUUAGAUACAUUAUUAACAGUUAACAAAGCUCAGGAAUUAAAUAGUAAUAAUGGAAAGGCUAUAAACCCAAUGAAUGAAAGAGAGAUUUUUGGUGUCUUACUCGAAUUCUUUGUCGCUGGUGUUGAAACGGUUUUAAGUCUUACAUGCUUCAUUGUUUAUUAUGUAUGUAAGCAUCCUUCGGUAAAACAAAAACUUAUUCAAGAACUUGAUUCCGUAUUUCCUACUACAUUACCAUCAAGUGAAAUCACCUAUGAAAAACUUAUGAAUAAUCUCCCUUAUUGUGAUGCAAUUGUUAAAGAAACGAGCCGCUUAAAAGCAAACCCUCCAAUUAAUCCUCGUGAACUUUACGAACAAGACGAAAUUGGUGGAUAUACAAUUCCAAAGGGUGCUACGGUAAUUGCAUGUGUAGAUGCCAUUCAUUUACAUAAAGAUUAUUGGGAAAAUCCUACAGAAUUUAUUCCAGAAAGAUUCUUAUCUGAUGAUUAUCCAUUAUUCAUGUCUCAAAGAUUAUUAACUUUUGGCGGUGGAUUAAGAGGUUGUGUUGGUAAACAAUUGGCAAUGGUUGAAAUUAAAGCUAUUUUGGUUUUAUUAUUUAGAAAGUAUGAUAUUGAACUGGUAAAUGAAAAUGUGGAUGCAAAAGAUAAAACUUAUCUUCUUAAUAGUUGUAGUCGAUUGAUGAUUAGGCUUAAGCCCAGAAUGGUGGUUUAA